AUGGAUGUACUGGACAUUGACAAGUGGAGAAUAGUGAGAGAUAGUCUUGGAACAUCAGUCGCAGUGAGCUCUAUCUUAAUAGGUUUGCUCAUGCUUGGAAGAGCAGCAUUUGUCUUUCCCUUAUCGUUUCUCUCUAACUUAGCCAAGAAGAAUCAAAGCGAGAAAAUAAACUUUAAGAUGCAAGUUGUGAUUUGGUGGUCUGGUCUCAUAAGAGGUGCUGUAUUAAUGGCUCUUGCAUACAACAAGUUUACAAUGGCUGGACACACAGAUUUGCACGAGCAUGCAAUCAUGAUCACAAGUACUAUUACCGUCUGUCUUUUUAGCACCAUGGUGUUUGGUAUGUUGACAAAACCGCUCAUAAGGUACCUAUUUCCGCACCAGCAAGGCCCAACGAGCAUGUUAUCUGAUGACAACAACAACAUACCAAAAUCGAUCCAGGUCCCUUUGCUGGACCAAGACUCGUCCAUUGAGGAGGUUGCAGGAAACGAGAAUUUGCCUCGCCCUGACAGUAUACGUGGCUUCUUGACAUGGCCCACUAAAACAGUGCAUUACUACUGGAGACAGUUUGAUGACUCCUUCAUGAGACCUGUCUUUGGAGGCCGUGGCUUUGGCCCCUUUGUCUCUAGCUCUCCAACUGAGAGAGGCCCUCCUGGUCUCAGUGGAGCUUGA